AUGAUCGGUGAACAGCCGGUAGAUCAGAGAGAACAGAAUCCUGAUCUAAUGAGUCCAGAGUCUCGACAACGAGACGUUUCCAAUGCUCGAAGCGCUUCAACCCAAGAGACCCUCACAAACUCGGUGGAUGAGUGCGAGUAUAAACGACGAACCGAGCAAAUAAUAACUGUCGGUCCUCGAGAAGACAGAAAGGUCAACAGAAGGCUUAAAGGCAUACAUCUAUUCAUGAUCACGAUCAAUGCGACGCUUGGAAUUGGUCUCUAUUGGCGAGGUGGUCAGAUUCUCGAGCUUGGAGGUCCUUUGGCGGUUGUUUUGUCAUACUUUCUGGUAGGGUGCUUGGUAUGGGCUGUCAUGCAAGGCAUUACUGAAAUGCUGUGCAUUUGGCCAAUCCCGGGUGCGCUCUCGGUGUAUGUCAGCAAGUUUGUUGACGAGGAGUUGGGUAUCGCUGUCGGUAUUGCAUACUGGUUUACGUACUCAAUGUCCUUCUCCACAAUCCUUGCAACGUUAGCAGCUGAAUGUGACUACUGGCUUGCUUUCAGGAGUCGUGAAGUGCAUGCAGGCGUUAUUUUCUUGGCCGUCCCAGUCACAUUGGUUGCUGUCAAUAUGCUCAGGAUCGAGUCAUACGAAUCAGACAACGGUGCUCCACUUGGUGUUGAAUAUUGGUCCUCGCCUACCAGGUAUGACGGCUCGGCUGCCAAAAAUUGGCCCAUUGCGCUAUUUAUGUGCAUAUCAACAGCAGUCUUCUCAUUCGUUGGGGUCGAAGUCGUUGCCGCCUCUGCCUUGGAAGCGAAAUGGCCUCAGCACAAUCCCGACGCAGAACAUCCAUCAGGCAGGCGCUCAAGACCCGACAGCCCCCUCGUUGGAAGUGGUGUCAAAUUCUCCGCCAUAUAUAUAUCCGUCCUUGCAACAGUGGCUUACACUCUGAGCGGAUUCCUCGUGAGUAUCGAUAUAAAAUCCAAUGACUGCAAGUUGCCUCGGGUGACCUGGGAUACAAAGAACACGGAUUGUAAAGAUCAUAGGAGUCAUUCGGCUUUUGUGAUGAUCGCCUUGGGCUCUAAGAUCCCGCAUUUAGAUACCGUAUUCAAUCUCUUCCUUGUUUUCACCUGUCUGUCGUGCGCCGGUACGAAUCUCUACAUCUCUUCGCGUGCUUUGUUCGGUCUCACCAGCCAACUCAAAGGAGGCAAGGGCCAGAAAUGGCAUCUACGUCUUUUGGCAAAGCUUGGUAAGACAGACCACCGAAAGGUUCCCCGGCGAGCCAUUAUAUUUUCUGCGGUGGCGUUUUGUUGGAUCCCAUUCUUACGGCUUGUUCGGGGCUCUGAAAAAGCUCAGGUCUCUAUUUCAAUGUUCAUUGAAGUUUUAAGUGAGAUGGCAUCUGUUGGUGUUCUGAUUGUUUGGGCCUGUGUCUCGCUUGCGUUUAUUCGUUACCAUGGCUGUACCCAAACAAUCAUAAGAAACCCGGAGUAUCUUGACCAGGAGGACGUUACCCAGGUCGAGCGUCAUAGUCGCAACUACCCAUAUCGCAGCCACGGCCAGCCUCUAUUGGCUUGGAUAGCUUUCGGGGGCUGCUGUACCGUCCUACUUGUUAUGAACAUGUCGCCAAUGUGGAGUAGCUUUUACCUGCUUCCUUUCCUAUCGUCCUAUUUGACAAUCAUUGUCUUUGGUGGAAUGUGGGUAUUGCUGAAGGUGCUCCGAGGAGCAAAGUGGUCUCUCGUUGACUUGUCACGUCCCCAGCGAGUCGCUGAUAUAUUGCGGAGCCUGCAUGAAAUGCGCCAAGCCACAAUGACAGAUAAAACACCUUCACAUUGA